AGAAACAAAGGCGUUUCGGAUCAACACUUAAAUUCAAUUUCCUUGAGUUUUCACUUAGUUCACGUACAAAACCACAGCAGUACGCCGUUGAAGUGAAGUCGCGCUGCUUUUUGUAUACUCACUGCAGUCUGUUAAAGAAUUUGAAAACACCUUUUAUGGAUUGAUCGACUUCUGUCUUUAUUGCUUAGAGCAGUAAGAGUAUAAUUGCCAAGUUACUGUGCCACAGAGCAAAGAGGAGACAUUAAUGGCAGCACCUUUGGAAAAACGCCAGGAAUCAAUAAAACUUGCUCUAACUUGCAUAUUUUUUGCAAUUGUAUUCGUUUGCAUUUAUGGCAGGGGCUACUUUACAUCAAGCACAACAAGAAACAUAGUUUACCUUCGUGUUGGAACUAUGACAGAUACACACAAUUCGAGGGUAAAUGCAAGUAAGAUUUAUAAUGUUACGUCGAAGCAAACCACACGGAAAAAUUAUUUCAUGGAGUCAAUUGGUGAACUGCCCAGUGUCUCAGUAUCUAUGAUGCAAAGGAAUGAAGAAUACGAGAGACGAUUGCCGAAAGCAUUGAUAAUUGGAGUGAAAAAGGGAGGUACGAAAGCAUUACUUGUCUUUCUUCGUGCUCAUUCAAAAAUCAGAGCCAGUAAUAAGGAAAUUCACUUCUUUGACAACGAAGAGAAUUAUCUUAAAGGCAUGAACUGGUAUAGGAAGCAAAUGCCGAAAUCCUUCUCGCGUCAAAUAACUUUGGAAAAGAGUCCUAGAUAUUUUAUCACAGGCGGUGUGCCAAAAAGAGUUCAUCAAAUGUCACCUGAUACGAAGCUUAUUUUGAUAUUUCGAAAUCCAGUGAAACGAGCGAUAUCAGAUUAUGUACAUAUGAAGACACGAAAGAAGAAGCAUAUUAUUGGAGAUGAUAUCGAAACGGUAUUAUGGAACAAUAGUACAAGUACUUUCAAUAGCAAUAUGCCAUUCAUACAGAAUAGCUUGUACUCAAAUCAUCUCAAGAGAUGGCUUAAAUAUUUUCCUAUGCGACAAAUUCACAUCGUUAAUGGAGAUGAUCUAAUUAAACACCCUGGGGAAGAGGUCAUAAAGGUGCAAAAGUUUCUUAAUUUGGACGUUGAGAUCACCAAGCAAGAUUUCUUCUUCAGCAAAAAAAAGAAGUUCUACUGUCUGAAAAACAGAAAACUCAAUCAACAUAUUACAAAGGAUAUAAUAUGUCUUGGAAAAUCGAAAGGACGCACGCAUCCACCCGUCUCGCAAAGAACACUAGAGGCUAUGAAAAAAUUCUAUAGGCCAUAUAACGAGCAAUUGUACAAAAUCACUGGAAUUGACUUCGGCUGGUAAUCUUAUAAUGAUAGUUUUUAUCCUGUAAAUAAUAAGGCGCAGCAUGUAAAAUACCAAUGAUCCCCAACGCAUAA